GCCUGUUCCAUGGAAGAGGCUAGACUGUGUUUUGAAUCAAAAUAGUGUUUCCAGACAAAUAUAGCUGCAGAAUUGACCAGAAAGGACAGGUCACUUCUUCAAUGUAAGUAAUUCAACUUAAAUCGAAACCCAUGUUUCCUAUAGUCCAUGAUUCUUGCAGCUGAAACUUAGUGACGGAAUGGAAUUUUUAUAAUUUUAGUUCCACUGCUUAAUGCCCGUUUCAAACGUCGUGCUACCGCCGUGUCGAACUAAGUUGAUCGAAUUGAAUUCGACUUUAGCACGGCAGUAGUGCGACGUUUGAAACCAAGUCGUGUUACUGUCUUGCUACCGCCGUGCCGAACUCAAUUCAUAAAUUAAUAUAUAGAUUUAGCCAAGGCUAAAAGCGAGGCUCCCAUUAAUACAUUUAUAAUUUGAAUCAAACAAUAAACUUGUAUUCCACAAUUCAGUUAACUUUAGAACACAUUCAUGUGACUUUUCAGGGAAAGGCUAAGUGAUUUUAGAGAAAAAUAAUUUGCAAACAGCCCAAGAGUGAACCAAAUCUUACAUCGAGUUGAUAGCCUCAUAUGUACACCAAAAAACUGGCAAUCGUCUUCGAUCACAUUUAUUAAGAGCCAUAAUGGCUCUCGAUCACCGUAGGUUAAUUAGGCCUGGAAAAAAAUUCGGGCCGAAUUUUUUGCGUUCAACAAGUUUACUUUAAAAAAUCUUGCCAACAAAUCUGGGUGUGUGUAAACCAACCUUAUAUAUCAUUUAUACAUCACAUCUGAGGUGAAACAGUACUAUGAGGCACUGUUUUUAUCAUACAGACCUCGGGCAACACAAUGCAGUAUUUCACAAUUUUGCAAUACAAAUUGCUAUCAUUCAAUAUUCUGGACGAAUUCGAAGCACGCGUGUUCUUUAGCUAAACCGUUAAAAAAAAUUUCCAAAAUCACCUAUACGGCCAGCCGGUUCUGACUUUUGCAGUGCUAGCUGUAGAGAGUGUUUGAAUGAACACUAACACAGUUACGCUCCAACAUAAUAAAGAAUUUUUAUGUUUAUUUUUUAUUUUGAAAUGGUUUAAUGCGCUGUAUUUUGAGUAGUACUCUGGGAAGCGUUGUUCACUGAACAACUGAAAACAAUUGGCACAGCGACUACUAAUAAUCAAUAAAAAGAAAUAUAAUUCGGUGAAACAUAUACAGAGACAACAAUUCUCAUUCAGGAAGACAAGUAUUAAAGGUGUCUCUAAAAAUCCUGAGUCUUAAAGCUUAAAGCUUAAGUUUUUGUGUUAAGCCGGCUUCCCAGUGUUUGCUUUUUGCAAAGGUGAACUUGAGGCAAGAAAAUCGCUCAAAGCUUCUUUUACAGCCAGAAUUAUAACUAAAUAUUCUUUGGAACGUGUUCUUUCUAUUUGCGGUGAGAAAAUGUCUAAAGGCUUUUAAAAGAUCUGUAAGCUUUAAUAUAACAAACCUGAUACUCGGUCAGAUCAUUGUCUCAAAUCUUACAAACGUGCAUAAACAAAAUAGCUGCAUAAACUACGGUCGACUUCGUUAAAUUAGAAAUAAAAAACAAACAUCAAAUACAAUAAUUACUCUGGCUUACCACUCGAGAUGCAGCUCCUGAAGAGUAUCAAGUAAAGCCAGUAUCGCUUCAGACUUUGCAACCCUCUUACGCAUUAAGCAAGGUGAAAACGAAAACGAUGCCAUCCAAAAUCGGAUUUCCGACUUUGACAAGUGACGUAUUUCUCAACCAAAAACCCAAUAAACAAACUAGCCAUGAAUAACAGAAGACUCCUGAUAGCAGCUGAAUUUCGUUUUGUACAUCCAGUGGAAAAAGACAGUUAAAAAUGUCACAAGUUGACACAAAACCCUGUCGGCUUCAGCUGUCAAAGUAAACAAGAUUCAAGAUGCUGCAUAAAUUUUCCUCAUGAACUCAGCUGUCAAAUUUUGACCAAUCAGAGCAUAAAAAUUGGGCGUAGAGCGUGACCAAUGCAUGAACAUGGUGAGAAAGUCAAAAGCAACUGUCUUCCCUGCCUGUAGCAGCUGGCUGAAUUUUCGCGUCCGAGGUCAGUUUGAAAUCAAAAUUUUGAUUGUGGGGCACAUAAACACAACAUAUUUCAUAUGAAUUAAAACAAAAAUAUUAAACUUGAGCCUGCAAUCAUUUGAAAACCAGUACCUUGUCAGCAGAUAACUUCAAAAACAUACUUGACCUCGAUGGGUUGACACCUGAGCCCGCGAUACGUUCAAGUGAUACUGGUUAGCGGAUACCUUGUUUUGACAGCUGUCAAUUGAUCACACCAUUGAUGUCCAAUAUGUGUAUCAGUUUUCCUGUGCUCCGAUCCCAAACUAGCUAAAAAGUAUGAGAUUGAACAUUGUUCGCGAUCUAGUAAAACAAUUAACUGGUCAGCGGACAGUGUCCAUAUAAAUCACGUCACUUUGAUGAGUUGACACAUGAGCCCGCGAUAUGGUCAUAGGAUACUGGUCAGUGGCUAUCCUGUUUUGACAGCUGUCACUUGACCAUAUUGGCAAUGUCCUAUAUAAAAGAUGAGGACUUGCAAUGACAUGCCUGAGACACCCCUCCCUUCCUUUUGAUAGUCUCCCCUACCCCACCCGUACAAUCUGUAGAUGCGUACGUACGUACGUACGCUCGGUCAGUCACGUGAGAACCAAACAAAAAGAGGUUGACCAUAUUCCAUGAGUAUGGGGCUCUGGGGCGCUUUGCGCGCAUGGGAGCCCCACUUAAUUAAAUACGUUAGAAUAUAUUUAAAAGUUUGCUAAACCGUUUCUUUAUUUUUGUGUUUAUGUUUUCGGCAACAGCCGUUCUAUUCAACUGAAUUAAAUUCGACGUCUGAAACCAAGUCGUGCUAGUGUGGUGCUGCAGUCGAGCUACAGUCGAGCCAGCUUAGCACAGCAGUAGCACGACGUUUGAAACAGGCCUAACUGAGAACGUUUUCUUUUAAUUAUUGUAGUGUGAUGCCUCAUUCUGGUCCACAUGGCAGACAUGAAACACAACAAGGUAGGAUAGUAAUACAGGACAGAAACACAAUUUGGGUUCUACACUGUAUUUUAAGCAUGCAGUUUUAACCGCGCUUGUAAAAGUGAGUCAGCAAUCGUAAGAAACGGUUAGGGUUGUUGUUGUUGUUUUUUUUUUUACAAUUUCAGAGUAUAGGUCACUGUGCCACAGAUAACUUGAUACAGCAGAAAUUGUCUCCAAGAAACACAUCUGUCUUAUUUUAAAUUGCCUGAGUGUGUAAAUACCUCUUGAAGUGUUCCUUGCCUUGUGCCAGUCCUUCAGAGCGUGAAGGUCACUGUUCCUGUGAUAGAAGGCAAUAUGUUGCUGUUAAUUAAGUCAUUUUGAACGUGAUCACAGUUUUCAACUUUCAAAGGAUAGGUUUACCAAUGCCAGCCAGUGUAGGUCACAUUGCUGUUGCAAGGAAGGCAACGAAAGUUGUGGCAGUUUCAGUUGUAGAUAUUAUGUCAAGGUGUGUUUCUAUCAAAUUCUGUGAUGGUCCUAAUGUCAAUUUCAUUUGCAGACUUGCUAAUAGAAUCGAGAAGGACUAAACUGAAUUUGCUUUUUAAUUGACAUUGAAGGGAACUGAUACUUUUAAUUUACAUCUGUUUUUGAGGCCUUUUGGACAAUUUAUAAUUUUAAAUUACAAUUACAUGUAAUUAAUGUUUCCAUUAAGAAAUUAGAGCAGUAGCUAGUACAAUCUUAUGCCUUUUAAUGGUCAUUAAUUUAUACUGCUGCAGUAGAUUUGAAGUAUACUUAUUUCCCACCACAAAAGAAGGAAGAAUAGCUACUUUAAAUAAAGCUCUGUCAUCAAUUAUUAUUAUGCUGCUGUAGUAGAUUUGAAGUAUACUUAUAUCCUACUGCAAAAGAAAGAAAAGCACUCCUACAUCAAAAGUAUACGCUAAGUAUACUGUUCAAAUUACACUUGGAGUGCACUGCAAUUCAUGCAGUAUAAAAGGGGUAUACUGGAAGUAUACUUAUCAUCAGUAAUUGCUGAAACCAUAUACUCUGAGUAUACUAGAAGCCUUCUCUAUCAAAAUUUCUUUGUAUAUUUAGCUACCCUGUAGAGAGACUGUGAAUAAACCAUUAUUAUUAUUAUUAUUUAGGUUUUAAAGUUUCCCUGUUUUAGUUCUUUUUUCUACUGUAUUUUAUUUUUUAAAAACAAUUAAAUGUAGGGAUUGGCAUAAUUUUAACUCUGCUUUUUAGAGAGGUCUUUGUUUUAUUAGAAAUUUUUAUGUUGAAUUGCUUUGUGAUACUUUUAAUUGUUUUGUGGUGUUUUAUUUUUCCUUCAGCCUGGGUCAGGAUUGGCUCAGCCUCCUAUAGCUGACCCAGAGAAAAGAAGAUUAAUACAGCAGCAACUUGUCCUUUUGCUCCAUGUACAUAAAUGUCAGAGGCGGGAACAGCAAGCUCAAAAUGAUGCUGUAAAACCUUGCAUCUUACCCCAUUGUCGAACAUUUAAAAAUGUUUUGAACCACAUGAAAACUUGUACAGCAGGAAAAACAUGCCAAGGUUUGUUAGUGUUUUUAGAAUUUGUGACUGAGUUACUAAUAGAUACAUAUACUUAGGCCUAAUUGCAUAUACCUUCUUGUAUUUGCGAAGCUCACUGCAUAAUAAGGUAAUAAUGUAAAAUCAAUAAUGUUUUUGUUCAUAAAUUAAAUAACUGAACAUCAUCUUUUUUGACUUCAUUAUUAUAUACAUGAUUGUUAUUUCUCUUUUUAGUCUGCACUGAAUUUUUGUAAGAAAAGAGAUAAUCCUUUUCUUAACUAUUGUUCCAUUAACCACAUAGACCACUUAACCCUUGCCAAACAUCCUUGCAAUGCUAUUGGUAUCCACCUAAAAGACACAUGAUGUUUGUUCUAAGUAUUGUCAAUAGUUAUGAAAGUUUUUGUGGUACAUAGUGAAAAGUGUAUGUCUGUUUUUGACCCUGCAGUUACCCAUUGUGCUUCAUCUCGACAAAUCAUUUCGCACUGGAAAAACUGCCUCAGGCAAGACUGUCCAGUUUGUCUUCCUGUAAAGCUUGCAUGUGGCAAUAGAAGAGGUAUUUGUUAUUGUCUAUGUUGUCAUUAAAUGCCAGUAACCAGCUACAGUGAUAAUUGCACAGCCUGUUUUGGGGAUAAAGGCCAAAAGAGAGGAAGUCAAGUAGUACUGAUGUGGUAGCUUUGUACUCAAAAUAUUAUAAUGAAAACCCUCAAAAAUACCAAAAAAUAGUUUUUUGCAAAUCUUAUAGUCAGGGUUUUUCCAGCUCUUAUCUACAUGCAUGUAGCAGUUCUUGGUUGUCCCUGGCAACUUGCCUUGUUUGUUUUAAUAGAGCAAAGGGUUUAAUUCCGAAGCGUUAUGAGCUUUCAAGUUUGAUUGUAUUUUUUUAAUGCAUUCUUACAUAUAUUAAUGUACAUAUAUAUUGUGGUCUCAAUGCACUUUCUCUGAUUUUCGCAUUGUUUUUGUUUGUUCUUCUACUUAAAUAUUACAUUUUAGUUGUUAUUGUGAGCAGUUCUUGACAGAUUGUUCACUGUUGUGUCGAAAACUUUCAUUGUCAAAUUUUUGUUCUCUUUAUUGCCUACUCUUUGGUGACUUGUGUGUUUUGUCUGAUCUAGUGCUUAGCUUUAAACCAAAGUCUCUGUUACUGCUGUUUUGAAAAUUUCUGAAGUAAAAUUCUUCUUUUACAACCGGAGUUACAGGAAAUGUUCAAGGAAUGAAAAGCUCUUAUGAACGACCACACAUGUUAAAGAGCCCAUAACCUAAAAACGUUUAUUUUCGUAAAUGAAAGCACACAUUACUACUAGAACCUCUGCGCAACACCGCGUUUGCCUUAGUCUUCUCUCGGAAGCCUCUCGCAAACAAAGGAGCUGUGACAUUGAUUAACGAACGCGUUACAUUAGAUACAAGUAAACAAGCGUGGAGUUCUAGAAAUAUUUGAAACAUGCCAUGAUUAGAUGCAACAACACUUGCGACCCUAAGAAAGGAAUUACAUGAAUAAAAUCCUCUUUUUCAAAUCCUAGAUUAUUUAUGUCUAAUGAUGGCAAACAUGAGCUGUCAAUUUACAAAAUGUAGUGCUCAGCGGAACAGGUGUGCAAAAGAAAUGUAAUGUUUAAAAAUUCCUAAAAAAAACACAUUUUGCUCAAAACGUAAAUUUUCCAAAGAAGUUCUAACUUGUAGCAAUAUGUUCUUUCAGUUAACAUAAUAAACAUUUUUACGUCGCAGACACUUUAGUGAUUGCAACCACUUGUGCAGUAUAUGGUUGAUCUUGUCCUUUUUACAUUCCUGAACAUUUUCCUGAAGCAGUAUAUUUUCAGUCAUUUAACAGAAAACCAGCGUUCCUAAGCCUAAGUUAGAAUUUGGUUUUAUUUUCUUUCUUGUGAUCCUGAAAACUAACCUGUUUUCUCAUGCACCAACUGUCUAAGCGCAGCUUUAUUCCAAAUUUUUUUAAUUUUAGCGCUUUUCUGUAUAUCUCUAGAACGGCUCGACGGAAUUCUUUUUAACCCUCAUCACCGACUCAUCACAUAAUCCUCACGAUGUAUACAAUGAUGUCUGAAACUUCAUUUAGAUUGAUUCACUGUAACACCUUGAAAUUUCAAGACAAACCUAGCCUACGAACCGGCAAAAAAUCCGCGUUACAACAAAACAGUGAAUGUUGCAACUGUUGUCAAAACUGAUAGGGAAGGCGACUUACCUUUUAGUUUGGAUUCCGCCAGAGCUUUCAGCAUCUCCGGGGUGACAGGAUCUUUUUUGUCUCGCGGCCUCCCCAAAAUUCUCUGAGCCGCACUAAUCAUAGAGGAAACCAGAGGGUGAUCAGAUAUCUUCGGUAAGCCGGCCAUAUUCUGCGUCAAAUCAAUGCUAAACAACUCAUUGAGUAGCGGAGAGGGACAGUUGACUUCAUUAAGACGACAAUGCAGGUAAAGCGCGAACUGGAAAGUGUUGACUGGCACUGUGGCAAAAAUGGUUGAACAAGGCCCAUCUUCUCCAUCUCUUAAAACCUCUAAGGUAAGAACGCAGUCUCACCACGCUGGCCAGUGGCUGGAGAUGGACAGGAAUAGAAGCAAAAAAACUCGGUCCAAAUGUCGGACUUGAAAUCAUCUGCAAAGAAAAAAUACUGACACACACAUAUAAGAAAAUUUUACUAAAAAGAAGAAAAGAAAUAUGCAGGACUCACUCUCGAAAACAAAAUUAAAGCCGCCCUGAAAACGGGAAAAAAAUCCGCUAAAAUGAAUUGGGCACAGAUGGUCUCUCAUACGAGCACAGAUGGUCCCUGGUCGUUAAAAAAGUAAAAAACGAGAAUAUACUCUGAAUCAACAAAUCGGAAAUAUAUAUCGCCUUCCAGAAACGAGCACCAAGAGAAUGAAAAAACCUAAUACCAUUCCUUAAAUACUUUACCAAGUCUCCUGAUACUAAAUACCGAAAUUAGAGAAGUUUUUCCGCUAAACGCAAAUAAAUUAAAAAUUUAGACAUAACGUUGCACUUAGACACGUAGUGAGAAAACAGGUUAGAUUUUAGGAUUGCGAAAAGAAGAUACACCAAAAUUUCCAAGAAGCGAAAUAUGAUAUUGAGAAGCAUUCUGCCGGUAAUCAAGAUUAAUUUGAAUUAUUUAGAACUUUCUUUUAAACAAUAUAAGAAGGCUAUUGAAACUGUAAGGUUUCAAAUAUACUUACUUUCUAUUUGCAGUCAGACAUACAGUUUUUUUUCUUCUCACGCGGAGGUUAUUUGCUAAACACCAAACUUUAAGUUCCAUUUAACUUUUCAGUGGCAAGUCCAGAUCGCGCGAAAUUCGGCUUUAUCGAUUUCGAAGUUUUUUUGUUUAUUGUUGUCAUAGUGAUAGCGAUUUUACUCAAAACUACAUGUUGACAAACUUCACUUUGUUAAGGCGAUUUGAAAACAUUGGUAUGGUCUCCGAAAAACUGUAUCGAAACACCUUAACUUGUGAUUGCGUUUAGAAACUAACAUGCCUUACCUCAAUUUGAAACCAUGAUCAAUUUUAAUUUGGUAAACUGAUUCUUCUUGUGUUAUACUUUCAGAUUUAAUUCCAGCCUCUGUGCAAGCUAGAGGAGAAAAGGCACUUGCCGCUUUUCACAGAGCCCUUGAAACUGGUGGUAGCACGUAUGAUAAGCGUGUUAAAAUUUUGCUUGUUGGCCAGGACCGUGUGGGUAAGACUAGUCUUGGUAAAGCUUUAAGAGGUGAACUUUUUGAUGAAGCCGAAUGCAGUACUGACGGAGUGCAAAUGAACCCUGCUGUCAUGAAUGCUGGAACAGGCGCGUGGAGAAAUCCAGCUUCUGUUGAACACGUUACAGCAUAUGAUCAUAAGGUUGCUGCAAAGACCGCUGAGAAUUUAUUAAGCACACUUUCGGAGCGGCCAGCAACGCAACAACCAACAGAAACCUCGAUUACCAGUGAAACAGCUCAGUUGUCUAUUGAAGAUGGUUAGUGCAAUAAACCCUCGGUCAGCCUUUAACUGUUGCUGAGAUAAGAUAAGAUAAGAUAAUUUAUUUAAUGCCAGAUACACAGGGGGUGGUCUCCCAAUCCCCCGAGCCACGGGCUCAUGAUAAAAGUGUUUGACGAUAGAGACGCUAGAAACUGUAGUUUCUGCGAAAACUUGAGAACGUUUCGGUUAUGUAGAUAGACAAAUCAGUCUGCUGGUUUAAAAGUUUCCAUUUAAACUAUCGAUCUUUAUUUGGUCGUAAAAUAAACUGAAUUUUUGAGAAGCUGGGGACCUUUUCUUGAAGCCCCGGUAAAUAUAAAUAACUGUGAAAAUGAAAUGAUCAGCAUGUCACGAGCGUUAGAUAAAGAAAAAAAUCUGGGUCCCCGACAGAAUUCGAACCUAUGACCUCCCAGACACCGAGCGGCUGCUCUAUCCACUUCUCAAAGAGCUACUUGAGCUUGAGAACUCGUGGAGAAUAACUGGUUACCUUUACGGGCCCGAAAUCAAUGAUCAGAUGAAAAUCUAAACGACAAAAGCGAGGUUCCUAGAUUAGGGACCAGUACACUUUGUUUUGUUUACUGAUGUUACCUACAAACCUAUCGAAACUUCGCUCUGUAAUGUAAACGAUAACAUACAGCUUUUCGGGUCCGUUAGUUAUCGGGACUUUCAGGAAACGCCCCCUGGCCGGUCCCUGGCUUCUCAUACAGGCUUAAACGGCGGCCAAGAUACCGACAGCGGACUCUUUGCUUCUUGUGAUGUCGGGUCGUAACCAAAACAACCUUUAGUCGCCAAUUUUUGUUCACCUACAGCUACGCGACAAUCCCGAAUGGUAUUGUGGGUGCUUAUGAGUUAACUGUUCUUCAAAGAUAAGAAAUUUGAAAGAAUGUCACGGGAGUAGACUGCGAGCAGCCUCUCUUUUUUUUGAGACUUGGUGAGAGUAAUGCACGCGCGCGGGAGCGGCGAAGCCGCGAGACGCGCGAAACGGGGGCGGCAGCCCGAGAAGAAAAAAGAGAUUGCCUGCUUAGCCAGAGCCAAUGAAUUAAGCGCUGGCCUCACAACGCAAAAUACGAUUGGCUGAUUUGUGAAGCGUUGACAACUAACUGUCAACAAUCAAAACCAUUGACAAGUUGAUGAUGGCUGAAGCACUGCAGGAAUGUUUGUCACGUUUCCCGAAAAAUAAAAAAACAUUAGAUACAGAGCAAAGACAAGCAUAAGCAUAAGCAUCCGGGUACGUGACGUGAUCGUGCAAUUUAAAUGUUCAAAGCCUCUCUUCACUGUCAAGGAACGCUUUAGUUCCAAAACGGUAGUCUUACUUUAGAACUUAAAACAGAAAGUAGCAUAGACUGGAAGACUCUUAGACUGUUUAUUUAUAAUGCUAAAAUAGUAAUUACCAACGGAUGCACUACAGGACAUCGCGCUAUAGAACAAAGAUUCUCAAGAAAGAAAGAAAAAACAAAAAAACAACUCGGCGCCAAAAGAAUGAUCUUGAGUGACUUGAAGCGUUGGCUUAGCUUUAGUUAAGCUACAAUUAGGAUAUGUAGAACACUAUCAACACUAUCAACAUCCUGCAAACAAGAACUAGGCCACGGGUGAUCUCAUUCAAAACAUAAAGCACAGGAAAUGAAUUAUUAAUAUAAGAGAAAUAGACCAGCUUCAUGAGCUCUAAAUGUGAGAUCAGCUUCCAAAGUUAAGAUUUGCUCAGUCAAUUAGCUUGGAAUCGACUCUAACUCUAUGUACUACAUAAGCUGCGCUUUAAAAAGAAAAGUGGGAAAACCUCUGUUGUUCAAGCAAACUCUAAGGUCACGUUUUACGUGCCUGGCCUGUCAACAUUUCAGUUUGGACGCCAAAACAUCACUAGACCAUGAAAGAUCAUUCUCUCUGGCUUUGCGGGUAGUCUCUCUUUUUUCGUGCCUCUCCCGUCCCGCUCCAUCAGUCACGCGCUUGGCCAUUUGCGUGUCUCGCGUUUUGCUCGACGGACAACAGAAAAAUCAAUCCCGCGCGUGGCCAUUUGCGUGUCUCGCGUUUUGCUCGACGGACAACAGAAAAAUCAAUCCCGCCCCUGGCCAUUCGCGUGUCUCGCGUUUUGCUCGACGGACAACAGAAAAAUCAAUCCCGCCCCUGGCCAUUUGCGUGUCUCGCGUUUUGCUCGACGGACUACGGAAAAAAGAGAGACUGCUCGUAGUCUAUCACGGGAGGGACUUACGUUAGUGAGUGCCAAAGGAAAGUAGCAAAAGUAGGUUCGACAGCUACAAUGUCAGGAACAGUGUAUUGAUCAUAUCCCAUAUUACCUUUCGGGAUUGUCGCAUGCACAUUAUACGUAAUGAAAAAGUCGCCCCCAUAAAAGAGAAGAUCUUCUUCUGUGAUAAUAAAAUUACCUUAGAUUUGGCCCAAUUUUAGCAGUUUCAAAGCGAAACCAAAAUAAAGCCUGAACUUGCUUUAGCAAUGAAAUAAUAUUGGAAAAUCAAAGAGAACCUGUGCGGUGGUGGUAUCAAACCCGUCAUACUGCACACCAACCCGUUAAAACCCAAGGACUUGCUCGCAGGCAAAACGCUUUGAGAUAACUGAACUCAUUUAGUUCGCCUUUCACCGUACAGAAGACCUUCUCCUGAUCUGAUUUUGUCUUUGCAUCAAUUUUUCUUCUUAGCUAUGUUUUUAUGUGUAUGUAAUUUAAAUUAUAUCCUGCGAAGGAUUUUUCCCGGGGAACUAAACAUAAUAAGAGGGUGUAGAGAGUACAAUGUGGUAGGCUUGCAUCUGGUUUUGUGACUUUUGUAGCCCAAAGAUGGACAUCACUUCUUCUCAUAUUCUUUUUCUUUCUAUUUCCUCACCCAAUUCCGUCAACAACUAAUGAAGAAACCUUCCAGUCGAGCAAGAAAAAAAAGUUCCAAGAGAGAGUAAGAAGAAGAAGAAAAGCGUUCAAAGAAAUCGUAAAUUAACACUAUUGUCAUCUUUAGGUUAACCCCUUCAUUUCCUUUCGAAAAAAGAAUUCGACUCUCACAAAAAAAAAAUAUUUAGCAUGUUUGUACGUAGAGCGCGCUAUAUACUGUAUAUAAAGAUUACCGAUUCACGGCUUUACUUGAUUAUCGUAUCGUUUCUGUCUUAAUGCAUUUCAGUUGGGACACCUGCGAUCGCGCCCUACCGACAGAGUCAGUAGUUUUGGGUUGCGUGCGGUUAUUCAUUUAAAGGUGCAUGAGUAGCGUUGCACCGUGAAAACGUGCGCCGUAACCCCUACUUUUUCUCACGUUUUUAUCGUCUUCUUGACUUUGACUACAGGGUGUACCAUGUUUCAUCGAAAAUCGUUGUCAGGUUCUUUUACAAGUGAAUCAUCUUAAGCCUUAUUCUGUCUUUCUUCUUACAGAGCACCAAGAUCCAUUUCAAGUUCCGGAAUUAAUGCCAGAUGACGUUGCCUUGCUUUUACAGGAAAACCUAGCAAAAAAUGAAUUUCACCCUGAUGAAAAAAUUUGGCCUGUAAUUUGGGACUUUGCAGGACAGGACAUUUACCGUUCUAUACAUCCAAUCUUUAUGUCAACAGAGGACAUUUACCUUCUUGUUUUUGAUCUUACAAAGAAGCUCAGUGAAAAAGCAGUAUGUCGAGUGAAUGUGGGUCGCAAAGAGCACGCUGUAAUAGCCCGCGAUGAUGAAGACACCAAUUUGGAUCACUUAUUACGGUGGAUGGACUUGGUUCACUCUUUAAAGAAGGCAAAUCAGAAAGAGAAAGAGAGUAUUUCGUAUCCCCCAGUCAUACUUGUCGGUACUCAUGCUGACUGUGUAGAUGAUCCAAGUAAAGAAAUGGAAUUAGUGAAACAGAAAUGUUCACGCGUGUUUUGUAAACACAGUUAUUUACCACACAUCAGAGUUUGUUUAUCGAUCGAUAACACAAAAGCCGGCAAAUCAGUUGACCAGGAAGAAAUCGAAAAUUUUCGAAUAAAGAUUCUCGAGGUAGCCGAUAAAAUGCCUCACACCAAGAAACUGAUCCCCUUGCAGUGGCAUCGUGUUGAGAAGGAAAUCAUUCAACCGAAAUGGCAAAGACGAAAGUUCCUCUUUAAGGAAUCUUUUCGUGAAAAUAUUGUUUUACCCUACUGCACUUUUGAAAAGGAAGAUGACUUUGAUGAACUUGUUCAUUUUUUGCAUAGCCGCGGGACAAUUGUGUACCAUGAACUUGAAAAUGAUGAAGAGAAAGGUGGUCUAGUCAUCUUGGAUCCCCAGUGGUUAAUUAAGAUAUUCUGCAAGAUUAUCAAUGUGAAUCCACAAGAGAACGAGCCAUGGUCUAUAGAAACAGACCGAAAGGAUUUGGCAGAAAAAGGGAUUCUUUCCAAGCGGUUGAUUGAUUACACCAGCGAAGAUGAAAGUGUGAAUUCAAUCAAAGACGGUUUGAUUUCUUUCAUGGCUAAGUUCAACCUCAUCUGCCAUUUCCUUCAAGAAAAAGGUGAAUCGCAAAUCCUCGUCCCUUGUAUGCUGCGGACCGCUAUGAAAUAUCAAGACAAAGAAAGUGAAACUGGAUCACCAGUACCUGUAUACCUCACCUUUCAAACUGCGUAUGUUCCGAACGGACUUUUCUCCCGACUCAUUGUACUGUUUGUAAAAAAUCCGCAAUAUACAAAUAUGUACGAGCUGACAUCAAAUAAAGCCGAAUUUGUUCUUGACAAGAACAACAACCAUCUAUUUCAAAUGGAGUGUUACAAAAGUGUUAUUAAGCUGGGUUUCAGAAAAGCUGACGGCAGUCUUACCCAAGAGCAUUAUGAAUAUGUUUUAAGGUAAAAGUAGUUCUUUCUUUCUACACACAUCUUUAAAAGUAGAAUAUUGUUUCUUACUGUUACUACUGUUACUUCUCUUGUUUGAUGCAUAUCCGUCGUUGACCUGCUAGGCAGGCAAACCGGCAACGGACGUAUAACAUGAGCGAUAUUACUGUUUUGAAUUUGUUUAUGUGGUUUUUCGGUAAAAUUUCCGUACAGCCCCAUAUGUGUACUCAGUGCAUUCGUGCACUAACUUCGACUCUAUCCAUAUUAACUUACCGACGCACGCAUCACUGAAUAAAUGUAGGGAGCUGUGCGGAAAUCUUACCAACAUUUGUUGUCUCAGGUUGCCAUAGUCUACUUAGAAAGCUUUAGAUUAUAAAUACAUAAGUAGUAUACUAUGUUGAAAUUUAACCCCCGCUGGUGGAUUCCCUUUGGAUUCCCUCGCAAAAAGUGGAUCCCUUUAUUAAUAGGCAUAACAGGCGAGUCUAUGACGUCACCCAUUGUUAUAACCUAGGGAAAAAAAUGCGUUCCUUCAUUUUAAUUAAGUGCCUAGUCAGUGCCUUCCUCCAUACUAAUUAAGUGCCUAGUCCACCGUUGCAUACAAAUUAGCUCUGCAAUAAAAACCCCAAGAGAGAACCUUGACUAUUAUUAUAAAAACAAUUUGAAAUAACUUAACAAGGAUCAAUUAAAACACGCGACUAAUAAUUGCUAGCAAUAAAACCAGACACGAGAUACCGUUCUAAAAAAACUUUAUUAAAAAACAAUGACAAAAAGAGUCAAAUACACAGCGAUUUGAAAGGAAAAGGAAUGAAAAUUAAUCCUCUGACUGACUAUUACAAAUCCGUUUUCUCCGUUCUAUUUCAAGGAAUAAUAAAUAAUCCUUCCGUGUCUACACAAUUUCCCUAUGGCCUCCAAGCCAAGAGUCCGACUUUCUUUGUUUCUUUCGGUUUGUCUUGUUCUUUGUAGUUGUUCUUUUAGCUUUGCUUUAAAAGAGGCUUCAUUUCUUCGUGAUCUUGACAGUUCGUACACUGUUUCUUGUGUCUUGCACUGGAUUGCGAGUACUUGUUGAGUGAUUUUUUCUGGAAUUAUCCGCUUCACUUUCGUAAACGACGACUUUAACUUUAAGUUGUAGUUUCGCCUCUUGUGAAUACUGUCUUCGCUGUAUGUGGUCUAACUGAUGAACAUCCGCGAGAUGGUUAGCUAAUCUGACAAGGUACUUCGCCCCGCACGAUGAAAUCGGACAGUUUCUGCAAAUUCUCUUGUAAACCAUGUUGACAGUUCGAUGACUGAAUACAAAUGACAUCUUCAACGCAAAUAGUCAGGUUAUAUAGUGUCAGAAAGGCCAAACACGGGCCAGAAAGGCCAUAACAAGGCCUGAAAGGCCAAAACCAGGCCAAAAGGGACAAAAGGAGACAAACGGGCCAUUUCUAGUCAUGUGUCUUUAUUUUUUUCUCAGACACACGCGCAUCGCUAGUCACGCAACAGCUCUCAACAUUGGAAUCAUCAUCUUUAUUAAGUGUAAUCACAAAUAACAGUGUCUAAUUAAAAAAGGUUUGACCGUGAAUUAGUAAUUGGUAUUUCAAAUUCCAGAUUUUUUUAUUUAUUGUACAAGUUUACUAUUAUUGUUAUUAUUUUCAAGUCAGCACUAAAACGCUCUUAAAGUUUGGUUGUUUACAGUUUUUAUUGAAACGCAACAAUGCAAAGGUCCAGGAAAAAAUAAUUCUAUAACAGUCAUAGUUGGACUAGUUUUUGCUGCUUUUGAUACAGUCGAUUGAGUAAGAAUUUUCGCUUAUCGAUCGCUAGUUCUGUCGAUUCCAACCAAUCGAAUCCUUCUGUAUCUAUUAGUUCUUUUUGGGUUUCCAUGACUCUUUUGAGGGUCCAUUUGGGGUCGAUGUGGGGUCGAUGUAGGGUCGAUGUGGAGUCGAUGUAGGGUCGAUGUGGGGUCGAUGUGAGGUCGAUGUGGGGUCGAUGUGGGGUCGAUGUAAGAUCGAUUAUUAUUUACGAAGGAGAAUGCUUAGUAGCCCCGCCUUCACCAAUUUUCUAUAAAAGAGGCGCGUUGCUCUCUGAAGUUUAGUUUCCUAUCAGAACGCGUGCGGCUCAAACCAAAGAUGACGAGCACAGGCUAUACCUUAUACCUUCAACAAGGUGCUGAAAAAUAUGAAGACAGCGAAGAAAUAGAGAAUAUUACACGGUGGCGAGAAGAUAUGAAUUUUAUGUUCGAGUGGCAAGAACAAUAUCUCACGAGUGAGCGCAGCGAACGAGUGAGAUAUUGCUCUUGCCACGAGAACAUAAAAUUCAUAUCUUCGAACUAACGUGUAUUAUUCUUUUUAUUAUAUAAACAUACUGAUGACAGCGUUUUUGAUGAUUUUCCGAAGAUUUCCAAAGAUUUUUCAAAUUGUCCCGAAGACCAGACGAACGUUCCCGAACAUUUUCCGAGAAUUUCCGAAAAUUUCCGAACAUGUCCGAAGAUUGCCGAGCACUUUCGAGGAAGAUCCGAAGAUGUUUCGAUGAUACACCAACGAAUUUAAGUACAAUUUAAGAGACAAACCUGAUGUCAGUGAAAUUAUCGAUAUCUUCACAUGUGAGAAUAUCAUAUCUUCACAUGUGAGGAUAUCGUAUCGUUUUUAUCAAUUUGUUACCACUCGGUAUACCACUGACUUUUAUAUAAUAAAGCGAUUUCUCCCAAGAAAGCGAAAACUCUAGCCAAGGAUCGGAGUCUUCCCAAGAAGAAGAAACAGAAACCUUAGAGACUUGGUCACGCAUUCUUGAUGAAGCCGAGAAACGCCAUGAGGCCCAGCUCAACGCAUUAAUCAAUGAGUACGAAGAGGACGGAGAUUCAGAAAAUGUGGCCCGCGUAAAAGCUGAGAACGCUCUUCUUCCUGUUUACAGAAAAGAGCUGAGAAACGUACUCUUAGAAAAUCUACAAUGGAUACGUGCAAUGAAAAAAGACCCCACCUUCAAAAAUGUGAUGGAAACCCAAAAAGAGCUUAAAGAAACAGAAGGAUUUGAUUGGUUGGAAUCGACAGAACUAACGAUCGAUAAGCGAAAAUUCUUACUCAAUCGACUGUAUCAAAAGCAGCCCAUUCCACAAGAUGAAGACUAGUCCAACUAUGAGUGUUUUUGAAUUAUUUUUUUCCUGGGCCUUUGCAUUGUUGCGUUUCAAUAAAAACUGUACUAAAAAAACAACCAAACUUUAAGAGCGUUUUACGCUUGCCACGUUUUGCCAAUUUUGAAACCAAGAGCACUGCCCACACUUUCAGCCGUUUUUAAGAUAACAUUGAGGUCAAUUUGUUCCACCACUUCAUCAUGGUAAUACAUCCAUGUGUCAUCAUUAUCCAUCAUCAGGCAAGAAUGUUGGUUUUGACUUGGGUGUUGAAUAGCACAACCGUGGCAACGAUUCAGCUUUUCUUCUUGAAUGAGUUUGUCAACCGUAGCCGCAUAAGUCAGUUGGAACACAUUACCGAUAAGGCUAGCUACCCGUUGACGUUGGACUUUUUCCACUUCAUCUACUGUCAGAAGCGGUGUAGCGCUCGAUUCGACUUGCAUGUUUGGAGCAAUGUCUUAAAGAAUAUUGGUGAUCCUAAGACUUUUUCCUUAGCAAAGCGAUUGCAAGAAUAAAAUGCUGAACGGAGAGCGCACUUUUAUGUUGAACACAUAAUAGAUUGUCUACUAUCCAAUCCGGGCUCAAGUUACUUCACGGGCAAGUUUGGGCCGGCCUAUUGUUCCUAUUGUACUAGAGUGACGCUCAUUAGUAAACCUAUCCACUUCAUUAUACAUGGAGGAAGGCACUUAAUUAGUAUGGAGGAAGACACUGACUAGGCACUUAAUUAAUAUGGAGGAACGCAUUUUUUUCUCUAGGUUAUAACAAUGGGUGACGUCAUAGACUAGGCACUGACUAGGCACCGACGGGGUUAAUUUCUAACAUAGUAUACUUUUACAUGUAGAGCUUUUUUUUUUUAGCUCAAGUUCUUUUUUUGGGCUUUUUUGCCAAAACUUUAUUAGGUCUUUUUUUUCACUGAUUCGUAGCCAGUUAGAUAAGUUCUUGGAAAAGCUUCAAAGGGAGUGUCAUUGGCUGGAAUCAAUGUCUGUGGAGUUGUGUGCUCGAUGUACAGUCUGCAUAGGAACAGCGACAACAGAGCCCUGCGCGAGGCACGAGGAAAGGUCAUGUAGGCACCAUGAUUGUGCUCACUACAUACCUUUGGACGGAAGAAGUCUUUGCUGUAAGCCUGGUCAAAUGCUAGAAAAAAAAACCCUCAAGCCUUGGAUAAAGGCUAUUAAACACAUUUCUAAGGUGCGUAACGUACAUGGAUGACCCUUAAGCUUGAUAAGACAACCGUUUAACGACAUCGUUAAAGUUUCUCAAGUGAUGUAAUUCAGAUAAAGUUGCUCGCAGUUUCAUUUACUUUCGCGCCGACUUUGACUGACUAAUGUAGUGCAAUGAAUAUUAAUGAGAGUAAGCCGAUUUUUGACAAUACAUGUUCAGUUUUUAUGAGUUAAAACUUUAUUGUAAAAUGAUUUUCGUGAUAAAAAAUUUUGAUGUAUGUAUUGAGACAAAUAAGGUGGAAAUAUGUAUAAAAUGAUAUUAAAACAAGCAAAGUAAUUAAUGGUGUGAAUGAAGUCAGAAAUAGGCUAGUCACAUAUGAACAAACUCAUUUUGGGGGAAAAAACGUACUGCGACACAUUUGGGGUAGAAUAUACACCAUUUGGUUAAAUUUAUUUCUUUGCAGAGGCUGAGGCGUUCCAGCUUACUUUUCAAAACUGAUCAAUCAGGUAAGUCAUCGUUUCAGUUACACUUGAUACAUAUACGAAAAUGUGACAGCAUUACAUGACUACCAUUCUUCGUUCAAGUGAAUUUUGUGCUGUUAUAAAAGUUCUGAGACGCCUACCUCCAUCGUAAUCUAGUUCUUUGCAAACUCAUAAUUCCCUGCUACGCCCACUCUUUACAUUAUAGAUAUAAAAAUCACAAUAAUUAUGAUAAUAAUAAAUCGUAAAUCAUGCAGCUAAAAAUAUUAAAACAUAUAAUUUCGCAAGGCAUUUUAAAAAUCCUCGAUUCCUUGGGCCUUCCUUAUUUUUGCGGGCAAGGAGUUCCCCAACAUGGCAGUAAUGUAAGAAAACGAUUUGUGUACUCAUUCGAAAUUAAGGUGAUUCCCUGUUUUGCAUUUCGCAUCUCUUACUGCGCAUAACAAGAUGGCGUCCGUAAAAAAGAGCAUGUGAAGUAACAUUAUUAAAAUGAAGUUGACCGAAGAGAAACGUUAUUGCAAUUUUUGCUUGCGGUUGUUUCUUACCGAGGUGAGACUCAAUGUGGUGGGAAUGUGCAUAACGUAAGCACUACGCGUAUUACUGAGUUUGACUUCCUCACGGAGAACCUCGAUAGUGGAUGCUUUAAGGCUCUCUGUAUGUUUUUUUUUUUAAUCCAUACAUUUCAAUAGAAAAUUGACUGAAAAUUUCCCUCUGCACAUCACUGACUCAACAAUCAAAGGAGUUUUUCCUAAACGGAUAAUAAUAAUAUAAAUGAACGAUACCUUUUUAAUUAAAUACAGUGUCCCUUUCUGAGAAGCUGAUACAAUAUUCAAGAUACCCACAAAACCGGAGUUUAGUGAGGGCAAUUUAAUCGAACAUUAUUGCUACUUUGGUUUUUCUUUUCGGUGUAAGUUCCACUACAGUAAAGGCCUACCAUCCAUCGUUUUAGUUGAUAUCUGUGACUUUCAAGUGGGGUGGGGUGGGGGUAUACUUAACAGGUUUUAGAAACUGAUGAGCAUAAAGUGAAAUCCAUCAUUGCUUUUUGCUUUCAUAGACGAAACUCCAAAAGAAGAAGGAAAAAGAAAAAAGCAGAAGGUGGAGGAGAAAGUGGAUAAAGGUAUACAUCAAGACAGGAUAAAAUAAAAACCUGAUUAGAAAGUUCUUAAGCAGCGUCUUCCUAAGGGUCGUCUUGUUUUUGUAGCACGCACUAUGUCACCGUCUGUUUUAGUCCAUAAUUAAGGACUCGUAGGGCACGUUGUUAACGUUUAACCUUCGGAGCAAAUACCCGCCAUCGUCCAUUAUUUUUUUUUUUGACGAAUUUAAUCAUUCUCUGAUUGGUUUAGCCAGAUUUCUAUCCAUCCGUAACUAAUUGCUUCAUGUGUUGUUUGAUGUUGUUUGAGUUUUAGUAGGAACGAAUAUUUUUUAAUUGUUUUGAAUAUUGAAGAGGGUCUCAAUGGGGUGGUGGCUUUUACGGUUAUCGGCUAAAAUUUUGGCUCUUUUACGGCUAUCGGUUAAUUUUUUUCAGUUACGGUUAACAAAAUUUAAUAAUUAAUUUCUUUUGUUUCAAGGAGUUAAAUAUUAAUAAACCUGUAUUCUUUGUAUCUUCAAAGCAAAAUAAAGGUCUUAGGAUCAUCACGGGAUAAAAUGAAGUUAUUCUAUUGAAAAAUUUUAACAUUUGAUAGAUCAUACUAUUUAUAAAGUAUUCCAUUUUAAAUAUUAUUUUACGCAUAGAAAUGUCAAUAGUCAAUGUAAAAAUAAUUUUUGCGAAAAAGCAAAAGCAGACCCGCGAACGCCUAACUCAAGGCAGGGGGAGGAAAAAUUAAUCAUGACAGAAAUGGCUGUUUUCACACUACAGACGGAUGUGAGAUAAGUUACCCGUUUGAUAAUUCGCAUAAGAUAGGUAACACGUCUUAAUUUGAACUCGAAAUGGAAAGGGUUUUGAUUUUGAAUGAAAAAUCCGCCUGACUUUAUCCUUCAAUUUCGAAGGACUGUUUGAUGACGGGAUUAUCCGUUCCAGAUAGCCUCUGUACAGCCGCCCCCUCCCCUCAGAAAAAAUCGGAGAAGGGGUGUCUGUCGGGAAGGAGACCACUGUACACAGGCUGGUCUCAGACGGAUAAUCCAUUUCUACCUCUAGUGUGAAAACGGCCAAAACCAAAAUUCCGGUGACCAGUGUUUUUAAUGAUAGCGAAGGACUUGACGGAACGACUGUCUGCCGUUACCCGCUUAUCCGUAGGCGCCAUUAUUCCGCGCGCCUAAUUCUUUUCGGGUCACGUGGUCCUAGCGAGUUUGCCCGAGAUUGCGUGGGAAGAAGCCGUACAGGGACUAGGCAUGGCAAUGUCAACCGUAGCGUCAGAGAAAAACGGGAAAUGUUGUUUAUCGGCAACGUGUUUUACAAACAGUGACAUCUCUAGCUGCGUGUUGUUUCACUAGUGUUUCGAGGGCACGACCUCCUGAAAAUCGCAAAUAUUAAUCCCCAGCAAUACAUUAAUCUAUUUUCGCUAUGAAAAAAAAAAUUAGUUACCCGAGAGAGCGGCGGAACUGGAACCUAGGUCUUGGUCAACACCUAAAAGGCGCUUUGGCUAACGUGCGUACAGAGUCACACUAGCCGGGUCAUAAAAAAUGCAACCAUAGGUGAGUUUAGUACCUUCCUUAAAAGUAGCAAAUCUAGGGAACAAUCAGUAUUUUACGGUUAACUCUUUUUUACCCUAUUUACGGCUAACGGUUAAAAUUUUUCAAUUUUUACGGCUAUCGACUAAAUUUUUGGCCGUUUUACGCCUAUCGGUUAACCCCAUUGAGACCCUCAUUGAACAUUACGCCGUUGGAAUACGCAAAAACGAAACUAUAUGUAAAAAUUCAAUUUAAAUGUCACAAAUUUGCUAAAACUUUGCCUGUGACCGCCUAACUAAUUUUACGUGCCAAGAGAAUUAUCACGCUUUGGAAAAAAGUGCACCUGUAGAUUUGAAGUCACUACACAACGUGACUCCCGUGAUGAAUGGUCUUAAGUUUUCAGGCACGUAGUUUUUGAUGGACAUUCGGCUCCUUGUCAGCUGCAUCCUCGGAUACCUGGGGGCUGUCAGUCGGGUCGGGAAAAACGGCGGCGAAAGUUUUCAGGAACGGACGAGAGAGCUUCUGCGUUGCUACUCUUAACAAACCAGUUCCACGACUCAUUCGAAUGCUUGUCUCUGAUUGCAUUUUUUGCCCACGAAAAAGUCUUCGAGUAGAAUGCCCAGUCACUUCCGGGAAUUUUGACCGGCAAGAGCUGCAUUCGAGCCAUGAUGUGGUCUUAAAAAUAAGGCAGUGACUUUAAAAGUUUUUCGACUCUGAUUGUGAGUUAAUCGUAACCAAUUCUCAGUGGGAACCACCGGAAUAACGAGAAACAUCACAUUGAAGGUCUUACCUUCGAUUAAUGCCACCUUAUCGGAUUUCACUGGGAUUUCCCCGCUACAAACCAACCAAAAACGCGCCAUUUUUGUAUGGAUUUUCUCGUGCGUGGACCUCUGACCUCAAUAGACUGGGAAUUCUACGCGAUGCAUAACAACAAAGUUGAGCCACAUUAAGUAUCGUUAACGGAAAAUGAAUUACGUUUAUCCUUAGAAACUCUUUUUGAAAAUAGGGGGUAGGGACAUCCUGAGCCGAAGAAUAGCCUACGUUUGAUAUAUUAAAAUUCCAACAUGACUACGAGACAUUCUGGUCAUUUUUCUAUAUUUGGUUUGGUUUUCUCUGUGCUCAAGUCUCUUCUGGGGACUGCUAGGCAAUGGAGUCGUGAAAACUUUGCAAUUUUGUCCUUAAAGCCUCGGAGUCAUGUUAGAAUUUUGAUAUCGUAAGCUAUUGGCAUGUUAGCGUUGGUAACGGUUAGGAUUUAUCCUAACUUGGGAGGCCUUCGUUUAUGCAGCUUCUGAUUCGUUUUCUGCAAGUGACAGGGUCGUUCAUGAACGGUUACUGCUCAUAGAAAAAACAGAAAUCACGUUCAAUUCUUAGUUUCCGAAGGAAAACGUUAACUUUUUUUGUUUUUAUUCUUUUUUAAGAAGUCAGAGAUGGCGUGGUUACUGACGAUGAUUUAGAAGGGUUAUCUUUGCAGCUUGGGAGAUCAUGGGAUGCUCUUGCGCGGCGCCUGGAAUUCAGCCCAGCAGAAAUAGAAGGAUUUGACCACGCUAAAAAAGAACUCAAAGACAAAUCUUUGCGCAUGUUGUUUAGGUGGAAAGAAAAAAGUGGUCGGUCAGCAGCUUACAAGGUGUUGUACGAGGCCUUGUGUCAUAAAUUUGUUGAUCGCAAAGAUUUAGCAGAACAAUUUUGCAAUGCGUGAAUCUUCAGUUCCAAGCGAGAAGAAUCAAAGGCUCCUCUCUUGUGAGCCAGCUCAUGGAUGAAUUAGACAAGUGUAGAAAAGACAGUUCAAUAAUGAAAGUAAUACUUGGGAACUCGUGAUACAAUAAAAGAAAAUAUUAUUUUAAGUUUACCUUUAUAGCACGAGACAUACCUGCUAAAAAAGUCUUAUUUGAGUAUUUUAGUCAGUAAUGAAUGUUAAUACAGUCAGCGACAACCCUCUAUUGUUUUACCUUGCAGUCGCUUACGACAGCUCAUUCUCGUGAGCGACCAGCUCCAGUAACGACCACUUUGUCGAAUUUCAUCAGACGUGGUCUCUUACGGGAGUUUCGACUAUAUUAUGCAAUAAUUAAUGCUGUAAAUAUUUUUUAUCAGCUUUUAGUUGUAUGACAUUUUAUUGUCAUUAAUUUAAUUUUAUUUAUUUUGAGUUUUGCUUGGUGGCACCCUACAGUCGCCCCCAUUCUAGGACUAGUAAUUUUUGAAUAAAGGUCCAAUGUAAGUUAUUAGAAUACGAGAG